CGACGAGACUGACCCCUUCUCACUCACCAGGUUGAGGAUGGGUUAGCGGGAGUGGAUCUCGAGAAGAAGUAAGAGGAGGCAAGCGGUCGUGCAAGUACCGAUGAUGGGAUGUUAAGGAGCUGGUUGAAGAGUAUAGUUAAAGUGGAUAGUCGUUUUAUGUUUAUGGUUAUGAGUAUAUGUACUGGAGAUUCAAAGUUCAAGAUUCUGUGUUAGGUUGGUUUAAGUGUUUGAGAUCGAGAUUUUGCC